GAUGAAGGUGGAGAUCGAGGAGUCGAUUCUCAGCAGGAGAGAAGUCUUUGCAAAGCUCGAGGCUUUUCAUCCAUUAGAGCUCCAUUUGACAAAUCCCUUCCAUUGUAAUACUCUUGGUGGAAAUACAACCUUGCGACUGGGAUCUCAGAAUGAUCAGAGCACCUGAAGAUCCAGUGGACCAGCCGAGUCCUUUCUACUACAUGUCUCUGAGAAUGCAAGAUGUCACUGGUGAUGGUGGUGUGUUAAAGGAGGUUCUCCGACAUGGAUCGGGCAGAAUUAUCCCACUUACUGCAUCAGUCUCUGUUCAUUACAGUGCGUACAGUGAAUACACCGACAAGCCCUUUGAUUCCAAUGUGCACAGGAAUAUGCCAAGGUUCAUGAAGAUCGGUCACGAUAUAACGCUGCUUGGUAUGGAACUAGCAAUGCCUACAAUGAAAAAAGGCGAGUUCUCCCGCUUUCUCUUUAAGCCACAAUAUGCAUAUGGGGUAAUGGGCUGUCCCCCGCGGAUCCCACCGAACGCCACUAUAAUGUUUGAAAUGGAGGUCCUGGAUUUUCUGGAUACACUGGAGUCCGAUGAAUACUUCUCUUUGUCACAGGAAGAGCAGGUUAAAUACCCUUUGGACAAACUGUCGAUUGUGGCCAAUACAGAGAGGGAGUUGGGGAACCAUUUCUUCCACCAGAAACGAUACGAGGAUGCAAAGGACCAGUACAAGAAGGCCCUGUCCGUGUUUGCCAACCGCCAACCGGCUAAUGAGGCCCAAAACCAGAAAUUUCACUCCUCCAAACUGUUGCUGUUCCUGAACCUCUCCAUAAUCUACUUGAAGUUGGAUUUACCAAGCCGUGCACUGGUUUAUGGGGAGAGGGCUUUACAGAUUGAAAGCAAACAUCCCAAGGCACUGUUCAGGUGCGGCCUGGCCUGUAUGCUGCUGCUGGAGUACGACAAAGCCAAAGAUUUCCUCAUUAAAGCACAGAAACUGGAGCCGUUCAACCCGGACAUCAACUCUGCCCUGGUGAAGCUUGACGGCUGUUUUCGAGAGUGGAACUUGAAGGAGAAGGAUAUGUGCAGCAGGAUGUUUGCUGCUUCGAAACAUGCGACAGUGAAAGACUAAGGACUCCAGCAAAUCUGAUGAAGGCCCAGUGAAGGAAUGGAAUCUGUUUGUACAGUAAAUAUUAAACCUACAAAUGUUUCGAUUGGAAGCAUAAUUCAAUAUGUUAACGUAUUUUGGCAAAGCUGGUUAAUUGUUUUCUAGGCAACCCGCAUGUUUCGGGUGGCACCUCUCCUGUUCCUGAGAAAUAGUUGGGACAAUUUAAAAGAGUGUCAACUAACUAUGUAGUUUUGGACGUCUAGCACUGCACAUGCACUCUGUCAGUUUCUUGAGCAAUCAUUGUGAAGUGGAAAAACUGAGCUGCUCAAUUGAAACUGCAGUGUUCAAUAUUUUGUGAUGGGGACCAAGCUCCUUGGAUAAUUUGAUUUUUUUUUCUUAAUAAAGCCACUGGUUGGUGGUAUCGUUUAGAUUUUAAGUGCGUACGUAUAUGCUGCUAGUGCAAUGGACAUUUGCUCUCACACUGGUAGAGAGGCACCAGUAACCCCAAAGGAGUGAAUCAGCUGAAAGCUGGCAGUCAUUUUUCUGUGUAUAUUCUAUUGUGGAGAGGUAUGUUUAAUUUUGGUUUAAAUAAACAGUACGGUUACUUAAAGUUGUCUGGCCUUUGCAAAGCUUCAAUUGAAUAGAUAAACUACACACAGCUUCAAAUUCAUAUCAUGGGCCAUCUCUGUGAAGUGGGUCCCAUUAUAAAGAAGCAGAAUCAAAGAACUG